CAACCCCGCGGCUCGCCGGAAGGACCGUGGGGAGGGGGGGUGGUCUGGCUGUGUUUAUCUCGUUGGGAACCAAGGGGUCGGUUGGCGUGCAGUCGCGUUCCAGGCUUGCAGGCUGCGCGAGGACCCACGGCCCCACCCGGCCCGGCCUGGCAGGUAGCAGAGGCAGCCGGCCGUGCCGGGGGGGCAUGUUGCUGUGACCUGUGGCCCAGGGGAUGUUACGGUGGACAGUGCAUCUAGAGGGCGGGCCACGCAGGGUGAACCAUGCUGCUGUGGCCGUUGGGCACCGAGUGUACUCCUUUGGGGGCUACUGUUCCGGUGAAGACUACGAGACACUGCGGCAGAUAGAUGUGCACAUUUUCAACGCAGUGUCCUUGCGUUGGACAAAGCUGCCCCCGGUAAGGCCCGCCGUCCGUGGGCAGGCUCCUGUGGUCCCCUACAUGCGGUAUGGACACUCAGCCGUCCUCAUCGAUGACACAGUCUUCCUUUGGGGUGGGCGUAACGACACUGAAGGAGCCUGUAAUGUACUCUAUGCCUUUGAUGUCAAUACUCACAAGUGGUCCACACCCAGAGUGUCGGGAACAGUUCCAGGUGCCCGGGAUGGACAUUCAGCUUGUGUCCUGGGCAGGAUCAUGUACAUUUUUGGGGGCUAUGAGCAGCUGGCGGACUGCUUUUCCAAUGACAUUCACAAGCUGGAUACCACCACCAUGACGUGGACCCUUGUUUGUACAAAGGGCAACCCUGCACGGUGGAGGGACUUCCACUCAGCCACGAUGCUGGGCAAUCACAUGUAUGUCUUCGGCGGCCGUGCUGACCGCUUUGGGCCAUUUCAUUCCAACAAUGAGAUUUACUGCAACCGUAUUCGAGUCUUUGACACCAGAACCGAGGCCUGGCUUGACUGUCCACCCACUCCAGUGCUGCCUGAGGGCCGCCGGAGCCACUCAGCCUUUGGCUACAAUGGGGAACUGUACAUCUUUGGUGGCUAUAAUGCAAGGCUGAACCGGCAUUUCCAUGACCUCUGGAAAUUUAACCCUGUGUCCUUUACCUGGAAAAAGAUUGAACCAAAGGGGAAAGGGCCAUGUCCCCGCCGGCGCCAGUGCUGCUGCAUCGUUGGUGACAAGAUUGUCCUCUUCGGGGGUACCAGCCCAUCUCCUGAGGAAGGCCUGGGAGAUGAAUUUGACCUCAUAGAUCAUUCUGACUUACAUAUUUUGGAUUUUAGCCCUAGUUUGAAAACUCUGUGUAAACUGGCAGUGAUUCAGUAUAACCUGGACCAGUCUUGUUUGCCCCAUGACAUCAGGUGGGAGCUCAAUGCCAUGACCACCAACAGCAAUAUCAGCCGCCCCAUCGUCUCCUCCCACGGAUAGGAGGAAUUUUCUGCUGUCUCCCCUGAGCCUGCUGUUGUCUUCACUGCCCCCCACCUCCACCAGAUCUCUUGCCUGCCUGCCCCUUUGGACCCUAGACUCAGUAUACCUCCACGUGGAGUUGUUGGACUAGAGGUGUUUUCUGUGCUGUGAAUUCAGUGGGGAGUUUAAGGGGGAGGGUAAGGCCCCUCCUCCCUUGGGCCAUGGGCCCCUUCCCCUUGGUGCUCUGUUCCCAUUACCUCCCUCCGACUGCUCCUAGGCCUUUGCUCUGCCUCUGGCCAGGCUGCCUGGGAAGGGAAAAGGAGUGGGGAGAAGGAGAAGCAAGCAGUGUUGGAGCUUCGGAGCUUCCCCUUCCCCCACCCCUCCUCUCCCCUGCUUGAGCCUUGAGCAUAGACCGGGAGCUGAAAGGAGUUGCAGCUGUUGGCAUGAAACCUCCUCCUCCCUGGCUUGGGGAGGUGGGGACCAGUAGAUCAUCUUUCCCUGAGCUGUUGCUGUACCCCGAAACUGAAACAGCCCAGAUUUUAUAAAAAUGAUAUAAAACCUGCAAA